UGCGGCUGGAGCGCCUCAGUCACUGUCUGCCCGCCCCACGGUUCCGAGUAAGGACCGGAGCUCCACUCCGGGGGUGGAGCGCGGGCUCCCCGCAGGGAAAGGUGCGCAGCGUUCCCGACCCCAAAACGAGCGGCGCUUGGGAGCGUGCUUGCCUCCCCGAGAGCCCCGGGCGCCACCCGUGGGCUGGACGAGGUGGGCGCUGGGGCGUGGGGCCGGCGGCGCAGAGAAGCCACGGCCACCUGCCGCCUCCCCUGCACCUGGCGGAGCAUCCCUCACCCUACAGUCCCUGGAGACGGCACCGGAAACCUGGCGGCCGGGACCGCGAUUCUGGAAGCCCCGGCGCUCGCCCGGCCGGAGGAGCCGGGGCGCGGUUCCGGCGAGAUUGGCGACUUGCUUCCUUUUGCAGAACGGUCGCUCCUCUCUCGGUCCAGCUGCGACGCUGGGAAAACGCCAGACUUGGUCUGUCACGGGAGCCCCCGCGGGGCGUGGCGAGGUAGAGCUGGCCUAGGCUGCGAGGGACUCUCGUUUCUUGCCUGGAGAGCCAGGAAGAGGGCGAGGGCAGAGCAUCCUCGGGCGGAGAUGCCUUUAAAAAAUCAUCCACCGCAGCGGUAGAAACAGUUUUGUUUGGUUUUAUUUAUACGGAAUGGUUUUUCAGUGAAAUGCUGUCUUGCUUAAAAGAAGAGAUGCCUCCCCAGGAGCUCACCCGGCGACUGGCCACAGUGAUCACUCAUGUCGAUGAAAUUAUGCAGCAGGAAGUCAGGCCUCUGAUGGCGGUGGAGAUAAUAGAACAACUUCACAGACAAUUUGCCAUUCUUUCAGGAGGCCGAGGGGAGGAUGGUGCCCCCAUCAUCACGUUCCCAGAGUUUUCGGGGUUCAAACACAUCCCAGAUGAAGACUUCCUGAAUGUCAUGACCUACCUGACUAGCAUCCCCAGUGUGGAGGCUGCCAGCAUUGGAUUCGUUGUUGUUAUCGACAGACGAAGAGACAAGUGGAGCUCCGUAAAGGCAUCCUUGACACGAAUAGCUGUGGCAUUUCCAGGAAACUUACAGCUCAUAUUCAUCCUUCGUCCAUCUCGCUUUAUCCAGAGGACAUUCACUGACAUUGGCAUUAAAUACUAUCGAAAUGAGUUUAAAACAAAGGUGCCGAUCAUCAUGGUAAACUCUGUCUCUGACCUUCAUGGCUACAUCGACAAAAGCCAACUGACCCGGGAAUUAGGGGGGACUUUGGAAUACCGCCACGGUCAGUGGGUAAAUCACCGCACUGCCAUCGAAAACUUUGCCUUGACCUUGAAGACCACUGCCCAGAUGCUGCAGACGUUUGGGUCCUGCCUGGCCACAACAGAGCUGCCCAGAAGCAUGCUAUCCACGGAAGACCUUCUCAUGUCCCACACAAGGCAGCGGGACAAGCUGCAGGAUGAGCUGAAAUUACUUGGAAAGCAGGGGACCACAUUGCUGUCAUGUAUCCAAGAACCAGCAACCAAAUAUCCCAACAGCAAACUCAAUCUCAACCAACUUGAGAAUGUAACUACCAUGGAAAGGUUAUUAGUUCAACUGGAUGAAACAGAAAAAGCCUUUAGUCAGUUUUGGUCUGAGCAUCAUCUGAAGCUUAACCAGUGCCUACAACUACAGCAUUUUGAGCACGAUUUUUGUAAGGCUAAGCUUGCCCUGGAUAAUUUGCUGGAAGAGCAAGCAGAGUUUACAGGCAUUGGAGACAGCGUGAUGCACGUGGAGCAACUUCUUAAGGAACACAAAAAACUGGAGGAAAAAAGCCAGGAGCCCCUGGAAAAGGCCCAGCUGCUGGCACUGGUUGGGGACCAGCUCAUCCAAAGCCACCAUUAUGCAGCAGAUGCCAUCAGGCCCCGGUGUGUGGAGCUCAGGCACCUCUGUGACGAUUUCAUCAAUGGAAACAAGAAAAAAUGGGACAUUUUAGGAAAGUCCUUAGAGUUUCAUAGACAGCUGGACAAGGUCAGCCAAUGGUGUGAGGCAGGAAUCUACCUCUUGGCUUCCCAAGCUGUAGACAAGUGCCAGUCUCGAGAAGGGGUUGACAUCGCCUUGAACGACAUUGCGACAUUCCUGGGCACAGUCAAGGAGUACCCGUUGCUCAGCCCCAAGGAGUUUUACAACGAGUUUGAGUUGCUGCUCACCCUCGAUGUAAAGGCCAAAGCCCAGAAAGUUUUGCAGAGGCUGGAUGAUGUCCAGGAAAUAUUUCACAAGAGGCAAGUGAGUCUGAUGAAACUGGCAGCCAAACAGACUCGUCCAGUGCAACCUGUGGCCCCACAUCCUGAGUCUUCACCAAAAUGGGUGUCAUCGAAAACCAGCCAGCCCUCCACCUCGGUCCCUCUAGCUCGUCCUCUGAGAACGUCUGAGGAACCUUAUACGGAGACAGAGUUGAACUCCCGGGGAAAGGAAGAUGAUGAGACUAAAUUUGAAGUCAAGAAUGAAGAAAUCUUUGAAAGCCAUCAUGAAAGGGGGAACCCUGAGCUGGAGCAGCAGGCCAGGCUCGGAGACCUUUCCCCCCGCAGGCGCAUUAUACGUGACUUGCUUGAGACUGAAGAGAUUUACAUAAAAGAGAUUAAAAGCAUAAUUGAUGGAUAUAUCACUCCAAUGGAUUUUAUUUGGCUAAAGCAUCUAAUUCCAGAUGUUCUUCAGAAUAACAAGGACUUUCUCUUUGGGAAUAUUAGAGAACUUUAUGAAUUUCACAACAGGACUUUUCUAAAAGAGUUGGAAAAGUGUGCUGAGAACCCUGAACUUCUGGCACAUUGCUUUCUCAAGAGAAAAGAAGAUCUUCAGAUAUAUUUUAAAUACCAUAAGAAUCUGCCCCGAGCUAGGGCAAUCUGGCAAGAGUGUCAAGACUGCGCCUACUUUGGGGUAUGCCAGCGCCAACUGGAUCACAAUCUCCCUCUUUUUAAGUAUCUUAAGGGACCAAGCCAGAGACUUAUAAAAUACCAGAUGCUGUUGAAGGGUCUGCUGGAUUUCGAGUCUCCUGAAGAUAUGGAGAUAGACCCAGGUGAACUAGGAGGCUCGGCUAAGGAUGGGCCAAAGAGAACCAAAGAUUCAGCAUUCUCAACUGAACUACAACAAGCUUUGGCAGUGAUAGAGGAUUUGAUCAAGUCCUGUGAGUUGGCUGUGGACCUAGCAGCAGUGACUGAAUGUCCGGACGAUAUUGGAAAACUAGGCAAGCUGUUGCUGCACGGCCCUUUCAGCGUCUGGACAAUUCACAAGGAUCGUUAUAAAAUGAAGGAUUUGAUUCGAUUUAAACCCAGCCAGAGGCAAAUCUACCUAUUUGAAAGGGGAAUAGUGUUCUGUAAGAUACGAAUGGAGCCUGGGGACCAGGGAUCAUCUCCUCAUUACAGCUUCAAGAAGGCCAUGAAGCUGAUGACACUUUCAAUUCGCCAGCUUGGAAGGGGGAGCCAUAGAAAGUUUGAGAUUGCCAGUCGAAAUGGACUUGAGAAAUACAUCCUGCAGGCAGCUUCAAAAGAAAUCAGAGACUGUUGGUUUUCAGAAAUAAGUAAAUUAUUGAUGGAACAACAAAAUAAUAUCAAAGAUCAUCAAGAUCAGCCAGAGGUAAGAUCGUGGGGCCUUCGCAGAUCUGUCCUGAACAUGUUCACAGGAAAUGUGUGCAUGGUCUUCUAGAGUCUCACAAAUAUUUUGGAGCCUUUACAACCCUCUAUGAGCAUCUUAUUCCUGAGCAUUUCAUUUUAAACCUUCUGAUUAGCCCAUGUUUGCCCCACUGUUAGCCAAUACCUUGAGCAACCAAGAAGUUAAACAACUGCCUGUAAUCAUUUUCUACAAAGGCCUUUGGGGAAAAGACUUUUCACGUUGGGGAAGUUCUGAGUCAGGCCUAAUAAAGACAGACUUGCAGGUCAGGUAUUCCUAGAAACCCGUGGACAGAUCAAAUAAUGAUAAUUCUCUAAGAAUGAGGCUCCAUAGUUCCCCCAUUCCUGUUCUGCCCCUCCCAUGGCUGCCAGACUGCUGAUUUUCACUAUCACUGCAGGCUGUUCAUUUCUAAGGCUACCACCAAGGAAGGGGAGGAUAGAAAUAGGGCAAGUUAAAAAGCUCAUUAUUCAUACUGAGACACAGCCAUUUUCCUUGAAUAAAUGCUCUCCAGAUUGCUGCAAGCCAUCGUUUAAUUUCCAGUGUUCUCCAAAGACAAAAACCACAUGAUUAUCUCAAUAGAUGCAGAAAAGGUCUUCAACAAAAUUCAACAGCCCUUCAUGCUAAAAACUCUAAAUAAACUAGGUAUUGAUGGGACGUAUCUCAAAAUAAUGAGAACUAUUUAUGACAAACCCACAGCCAAUAUCAUACUGAAUGGGCAAAACCUGGAAGUAUUCCCUUUGAAAACUGGCACAAGACAGGGAUGCCCUCUCUCACCACUCCUACUCAACAUAGUGUUGGAAGUUCUGGCCAGGGCAAUCAGGCAGGAGAAAGAAAUAAAGGGUAUUCAAUUAGGAAAAGAGAAAGUCAAAUUGUCAAAUUGCAGAUGACAUGAUUGUAUAUUUAGAAAACCCCAUCGUCUCAGCCCAAAAUCUCCUUAAGCUGAUAAGCAACUUCAGCAAAGUCUCAGUAUACAAAAUCAAUGUGCAAAAGUUACAAGCAUUCCUAUACACCAAUAACAGACAAACAGAGAGCCAAAUCAUGAGUGAACUCCCAUUCACAAUUGCUUUAAAGAGAAUAAAAUACCUAGGAAUCCAACUUACAAGGGAUGUGAAGGACCUCUUCAAGGAGAACUACAAACCACUGCUCAACAAAAUAAAAGAGGACACAAACCAAUGGAAGAACAUUCCAUGCUCAUGGAUAGGAAGAAUCAAUAUCGUGAAAAUGGCCAUACUGCCCAAGGUAAUUUAUAGAUUCAAUGCAUCCCCAUCAAGCUACCAAUGACUUUCUUCACAGAAUUGGAAAAAACUACUUUAAAGUUCAUAUGGAACGAAAAAAGAGCUUGCAUUGCCAAGAUAAUCCUAAGCCAAAAGAACAAAGCUGGAGGCAUCACGCUACCUGACUUCAAACUAUACUACAAGGCUACAGUAAUCAAAACAGCAUGGUACUGGUACCAAAACAGAGAUAUAGACCAAUGGAACAGAACAGAGCCCUCAGAAAUAAUACCAUACAUCUACAACCAUCUGAUCUUUGACAAACCUGACAAAAACAAGAAACAGGGAAAGGAUUCCCUAUUUAAUAAAUGGUGCUGGGAAAACUGAAUAGCCAUAUGUAGAAAGCUGAAACUGGAUCCCUUCCUUACACCUUAUACAAAAAUUAAUUCAAGAUGGAUUAAAGACUUAAAUGUUAGACCUAAAACCAUUAAAACCCUAGAAGAAAACCUAGGCAAUACCAUUCAGGCCAUAGGCAUGGGCAAGGACUUCAUGACUAAAACACCAAAAGCAAUGGCAACAAAAGCCAAAAUUGACAAGUGGGAUCUAAUUAAACUAAAGAGCUUCUGCACAGCAAAAGAAACUACCAUCAGAGUGAACAGGCAACUUACAGAAUGGGAUAAAAUGUUUACAAUCCACCCAUCUGACAAAGGGCUAAUAUCCAGAAUCUACAAAGAACUUAAACAAAUUUACAAGAAAAAAUCAACCCCAUCAAAAAGUGGGCAAAAGAUAUGAACAGACACUUCUCAAAAGAAAAUGCUCAUCAUCACUGGCCAUCAGAGAAAUGCAAAUCAAAACCACAAUGAGAUACCAUCUCACACCAGUUAGAAAGGCAAUCAUUAAAAAGUCAGGAAACAACAGGUGCUGGAGAGGAUGUGGAGAAAUAGGAACACUUUUACACUGUUGGUGGGACUGUAAACUAGUUCAACCAUUGUGGAAGACAGUGUGGCGAUUCCUCAAGGAUCUAGAACUACAAAUAUCAUUUGACCCAGCCAUCCCAUUACUGGGUAUAUACCCAAAGGAUUAUAAAUCAUGCUGCUAUAAAGAUACAUGCACACAUAUGUUUAUUGCAGCACUAUUCACAAUAGCAAAGACUUGGAACCAACCCAAAUGUCCAUCAAUGAUAGACUGGAUUAAGAAAAUGUGGCACAUAUACACCAUGGAAUACUAUGCAGCCAUAAAAAACGAUGAGUUCAUGUCCUUUGUAGGGACAUGGUGAAGCUGGAAACCAUCAUUCUGAGCAAACUAUCACAAGGACAGAAAACCAAACACCGCAUGUUCUCACUCAUAGGUGGGAACUGAACAAUGAGAACACUUGGUCACAGGGUAGGGAACAUCACACACCGGGGCCUGUGGUGGGGUUGGGGGAGGGGGAAGGGAUAGAUAGCAUUAAGAGAUACACCUAAUGCAAAUGAUGAGUUAAUGGGUGCAGCACGCCAACAUGGCACAUGUAUACAUAUGUAACAAACCUGCAUGUUGUGCACACGUACCCUAGAACUUAAAGUAUAAUAAAAAAAAAAAGGAAAAAAAAAUUUCAAUAUUCUGAAAAUAAAUUUUCUAACCAUUUUUGGCCAGUUUUUUCCAUGCUUUCACAAAGAAGAGAAUUUGGGGACGGGCUUUUUCUCCACCAUUUUCACUGAUGUCACACACUGUACUCCUUUCAACAAUUAAAAAUCAUCUUUAAGCAGGCUUUAUCCUUUCACUUUGUUUGCAAGGAUAUUUGGUGGGAAAAUCCACAGUGAGCUUUAUCAAUUGAGUUCUGACGUUCCCCUCAGGUAAUGUUACUAGGGUGAAGAAAUGCCAGUCUCAUGUGGAAAGUCUAUCUUCCAUCAUUUAUACUGGCAGUGGUUUGCAUUUUGGGUAAGAAAAAUCACAAAAAAAUGAAAAGAUAACUUUUUUCUUUAGAGAUAGCAGGAAUGCAACUGGCUCACACUUUUUCUAGGUCUUCUGUGAUCAUCAGCUGCUCAGGAACGUGCAAAGCUGGGUGUGCAUCAUAAGAUAAGGGAAAAGGUAAACCAAGCAGUGUAACUGGAAAGCCACCACAUCAGUUUUCUGUCACAAAAACCAAGCAACAUAAGUUCUUGAUUUAAACUGUAGGUAACUGCCAGGAACUAGUAACAAUAUUAUGUCAUUGAUUUUACUUUGUAUAAAGAUAAGAUGGGGAAAAAACUAUGAUUUACUUUUGUUUUACAACUAUUAAUAUUAUGUUAAAUAUAUGUUAUGGUAAUUGAGUAGGAGUGUCCUAGAGGCUUAACACGGAAUGAUAUGGCAACUCUAGUAGAAAAAAUCACUUGUUCCCUGCAGAAACAACAUUCUAGUCACAAGCUUGUUUAGAAAUCCUUACUCACUAGGUCAGUGUUUCUCAAAGGGUGGUUUAAGGACCACCUGCAUUCAAAUUAUUUGAAGGGCUUCCUACAAAUGCAGAUUUCUGGGUUCCACCCCAGAACUAUAGAAUAGCUAGGGUUAGUCUUGGGGACAUACAUUUUAGCUUAUUAAGGUUUCUAGGUAGAGACCUUUUACUACAAUUUUUAAAACUCCUUUACUGAGGUAUAAUGACACGAUAAACCACACAUAUUUAAAGUGUACAAUCUGAUAAGUUUUGACAUCUGUAUACAUCUGUAAGGCAUCACCACAGUAAGGAUAAUGAACAUGCCUAUCACCGCCAAAGGUUUGUUCACACCGCUUUGCAUUCCCUUUCUCCUGCCCCUCCCUCACCCACCCCAGGUGACCACCAAUCUCCUUUCUGUCACUAUAGGUUAGUUUGCAUUUUCUAGAAUUUCAUAAGAGAUAAUACAGUAUGUACUUUUUUUUUUUGGUCUGGCUUCUCUCCUCUGCAUUAUUCUGAGAUUCAUCUAUUUGGAUUUUGUAAACAAUAGUACAUAUUUUGGUUGUUGCUGAGUAGUAUUUCAUUGUUUGGCUAGACCCCGUUUUCCUUAUCCAUUUACUUGUUAAUGAACAUCCGAUUUGUUUCUGCUUUGGGGCUAUUUUGAAUAAUGCUGCUAUGAACAUGCAAGUACAAGUCUUUGUGUGGACAUGUGUUUUCAUUUCUCUUGGGUAAAUACCUAAGAGUGUAAUGGUUAGGCCAUAUGGUAGGUGUAUGUUUAAUUUUUUAGGAAAUUUCUAAAUACUUUCCAAAGUGAUUAUACUAUCUUCCAUUCCCAUAGUAAUGUAUGAGAGUUCCACUUGUGCCAUGUCCUCACCAAUACUUGGUAUUGUCAGUCUUUUAAAUUUUCGGAUUUCUAAUAGGGGCAUAGU